AAGUAUAAAAAUUAUUUUCAUCGGCUGCACAAAGUCCAUUCGUUCAAAAAAUUAAAAACAUUGCUAGUUACAGAGUAUUAAAUACUUGUAAAGUGCAGUAAUUAAAAUAUACAAACAUUACAAAAUAAAAAAUAUAAAAAAUAAAAAAUUUGAAACAAAAAAGAAGGUUUCGAAAUAGAAAAUAUAAUAUCAUCGUAUUACGUUGAAUUAAAAUUAUAUAGUGAUUCAUAUUUUUAUAAAGUUCACCAAAUCAAAAAGGAACUGAUAAAAAUGCCUAUCAACACUAAAGAACUUUUAGAUGGCUUAUCUAUUUUACUGGAUGAGGAAAAUAUGAAAGUUACAAUUAAAGAAACAGGAAAAGGCACAUUGGUUUGCGCAACUGCUUGUUUUAUUGGCGGUAUUGUAGCGGGUCCAUUUGGUUUGGCGGUUGGCGGGACUUUAGGAGGACUUGGAGCUGCAAUGUUAACGAAAGACAAAUUUAAACCUGUUAGUGAAGUUAUUAAAAAUGAUUUGACUACCGUGCAAAGAGAAACUUUAGUGGAAAAAAUCAUGUUAGCUGUUCAAGAAUUUCAUCCAACAGAUGUUGCCGCUAUCUUAGCUCUUGUGGCCAACAAUCAUGCUAUACAAGAUGUAGUUCUUAAAACUGUAGCUGGAUAUCUUACAAAUGAAAUGAAAUUAAAAAUACUUGAUUAAAAAAUCUUAUUAGAAAAUCAAAUUUUAUAAAAUAAUAUUUUAUUAUUUUUAUAUACAUAUUAAUAUUUUGAUAUUUCUAUAACCAUUUACUUUGGUAAAAAGUUCUCUAAAAUUCGCACCGACUAUGUGAUUAAUAGAUAAUUAUAUUAAAAAAAUAAAAUUUUGUUUUAAAUACGUAUCAA